AUGAUCAAGCUUUGUAGGUAAGAGGGACUUGAAACUGUAAAUAUUGUGAGAAAAGAUGAGUAUGUCAAAGAUUUAAGGGAAAGCUAUGGAGAGAAAUAUGUUCUUAAUCAAGAAAGUCCAACAUUUUUGAAAGACCUUGAACCCAUAUUGAAAGAUACUUAAGCAACAAUACUGUUUGAAUGCUUAGGAGGGGAUCUCCCAGGAGAUAUCUUUGCUAAAAUGGUUUCAAAGAGUUGGAUGAUAGUUUAUGGCUCAUUAACAAAGAAGCGGUCAACCUUUGAUGCUUACGAUUUUAGAUGGAAUGACAAAAACAUUACUUCCUUUAUAUUAAACAGAUGGAUAGUCUCACUUGAGCCAGAAGUAAGAUAGUAAUAGUUCUAAAGAGUAGCUGAUGAUUUGCAAAAUAAUUAAGGACAUAUUUUUGGAUCUUAAAUCGUUAAAGAGGUACCCCUUGAGGAUUGGAAAGAAGCUAUGGAGGAGUCUGAGAAAUUAGCAUCUGAAGGUAAAUUUAUAAUUAAAUGCCAUAGAAAUUGA